CACGCCGUUCACGCAGCCCCACCCCCUGCAGAGCCCCGGACUCGCUCAGGAUCAGCCGGUUUCCCUCUAACCCGGAAUGUGAGGCCCUCCGCCCGGGGCCCGUCCCUUUCCCUUCCCCUUCCCUCCCCCUCACCUGCGCCCGCCACCGGCCGCCCGCCCCUCCCCGGAUCGCUCCCCAGUCCCCCGGGGCCGCCCUCGCCCUCCCGCUGUGGGCCGAGUCCUCCCGCGUGACUGCCGCCGCCCAGCCGAGUCCUCCGGGGCCAGGGGAGGAGCUCGGCACGGAGGGAGGCGGGGGCCGGCGGCGGCGGCGGCGGCGGCGGAGGAGGAGGAGGCGGCGGCAGAGACUGAGGCAGCGGCAGCCCCUGGAGGAGCCGGAGCAGCCGCAGCUGCAGGAGCAGCAGCAGCCCCGGCAGCCCCGGCCCCGGCCGCAGCAGCAGCAGCGGCAGCGGCAGCGGCAGCAGCUGGGGGAGGAGGAAGAGAAGGAGGAGGGAAGGAAGAUGGCGGCGGUGGAGCUGGAGUGGAUCCCGGAGACGCUCUACAACACCGCCAUCUCUGCCGUGGUGGACAACUACAGUCGCUCCCGCCGCGACAUCCGCUCCCUGCCCGAGAAUAUCCAAUUCGAUGUCUACUACAAGCUUUACCAACAAGGCCGUUUAUGUCAACUGGGUAGCGAAUUUUGUGAAUUAGAAGUUUUUGCUAAAGUGUUGAGAGCUUUAGACAAAAGACAUUUGCUUCAUCACUGUUUCCAGGCUUUGAUGGAUCAUGGUGUGAAAGUUGCUUCUGUCUUGGCCUAUUCAUUCAGUAGACGAUGCUCUUAUAUAGCAGAGUCAGAUGCUACAGUCAAAGAAAAAGCUAUCCAGAUUGGCUUUGUUUUAGGUGGCUUUCUCUCAGAUGCAGGUUGGUACAGUGAUGCAGAGAAAGUUUUCCUGUCCUGCCUUCAGUUGUGUACCCUACAUGAUGAGAUGCUUCAUUGGUUUCGUGCAGUAGAAUGUUGUGUGAGGUUGCUACAUGUCCGAAAUGGAAACUGUAAAUAUCAUUUGGGUGAAGAAACAUUCAAGUUAGCUCAGUCUUACAUGGACAAGCUUGCAAAACAUGGCCAGCAAGCAAACAAAGCUGCUCUUUAUGGAGAAUUAUGUGCUUUACUCUUUGCAAAAAGUCAUUAUGAUGAGGCUUACAAAUGGUGCAUAGAAGCUAUGAAGGAAAUCACAGUUGGAUUGCCAGUCAAAGUAGUGGUGGAUGUUUUACGACAAGCUUCAAAGGCUUGUGUAGUAAAACGUGAAUUUAAGAAGGCAGAACAGUUGAUAAAACAUGCAGUGUAUUUAGCACGGGAACAUUUUGGAGCCAAACACCCAAAAUAUUCAGAUACGCUGCUAGAUUAUGGAUUUUACUUACUCAAUGUAGAUAAUAUCUGCCAGUCUGUUGCAAUUUAUCAGACAGCCCUUGAUAUUCGACAGUCAGUAUUUGGAGGAAAAAAUAUCCAUGUGGCCACAGCGCAUGAAGACUUGGCUUAUUCUUCUUAUGUUCACCAGUAUAGUUCUGGAAAAUUUGACAAUGCACUAUUCCAUGCAGAAAGAGCCAUUGGAAUCAUUAAUCAUAUCCUUCCAGAAGACCACCUUCUGUUGGCUUCCUCAAAGAGAGUGAAAGCACUUAUUUUGGAGGAGAUCGCAAUUGACUGUCAUAAUAAGGAAACUGAGCAGAGGCUGCUUCAAGAAGCUCAUGAUUUGCAUCUGUCUUCACUCCAACUGGCUAAAAAAGCUUUUGGAGAGUUUAAUGUUCAGACUGCAAAACACUAUGGCAACCUUGGAAGACUUUAUCAGUCUAUGAGAAAAUUUAAGGAAGCAGAAGAAAUGCACAUCAAAGCAAUUCAGAUUAAAGAACAACUUCUUGGUCAAGAAGAUUAUGAAGUAGCCCUUUCAGUGGGACAUCUGGCUUCUUUGUAUAACUAUGACAUGAAUCAAUAUGAAAAUGCAGAGAAACUUUACUUGAGAUCAAUAGCAAUUGGGAAGAAACUUUUUGGUGAAGGCUACAGUGGACUAGAGUAUGAUUAUCGAGGUCUCAUUAAACUUUAUAAUUCAAUUGGCAAUUAUGAGAAAGUAUUUGAAUACCACAAUAUUCUUGCCAAUUGGAACCGCUUGCGGGAUCGUCAGUUUUCAGUGACAGAUGCUCUGGAAGAUGUAAACACCAGCCCGCAGUCCACUGAAGAAGUGGUUCAAUCUUUCCUGAUGUCUCAGAAUAUUGAAGGACAGAGCUGCUGAGGGUGAACCUCAAUUAACCAAUUUACCUUUUCCCAGAUUCCAGGGGAAUUCAUACUGUGAAAUCAAAACCAUGUAGUUUUCUGGGGCUGGAAUUUGCGUUGAAACACUGGUCCAGUCCAUUGAAGACCCUGUUUGGGUAACCCCUGUCUCACAGAGUGCCCGUAGGAAUAAGCGCGUAUUCAAUUUCUUAUCAGCAUGUGCAGCAUGUGUAGUAGUCUGGCUCACAUUUUCAACCUAGUAGAACAAACACCAGAAGAUCCUAUUUUUUUCUUUUUCAAAGGAAGUCAUUUUGCAGAGAGCCUGCAAAGAAAAACCCUAAAUAAAACUAUUUAAGAGUUUAAAAGAGUUGCAUUCUUAUUAUGAAAGGAUGAUUUUAACAACUGUUUUUAACAAAUAAUUCUUCCAUGUGGAGGUAUUCAAUACUGUAUUGUAAAAAGAUUUUAUGGAAAACAGUCUUUAUAUGCAAUAUAGACAAGUUAAUCACAAGUACUAAUGAAAGAGGGAUGUCCUGAAUUAGGUUUGGCUGCCUUACCAAGGGAAGUAGAGAAGAACCAUUCCAGAAACGUGUUGUGAACCACACUAUGUUGCAAGGGAAGGACUGUUAAAUCAUCUGAACUGGACCAGUGUUGAUCUGUAAGUAAUAGAAGAUCUGGUAGACCAGCAAUCUUAGAUUUGUUUUGUUUUUUGGGGCUUGGGGUUUUUGUUUUUUUGUGUUUUUGUUUUUUGUUUUUUGUUUUUUUGUUUUUGGUACAGCAAAGGCAAGAAACUCUAGUAGUAUUUCAUGACAGGACCAGGAGGAUCUAAAGAGGACCAGUCUCCUUAUAGCCUGAGGUUAUUUGGACCAGUGGCUUUAAUAUUUUUGCCCCUGCUUAUACACUUUCCAAGUAGAGUGAUUUCAUUUAGAUGUAAGAUGAUCAAUGAUAUGCAAAAAUUAUAUUCAUGUUUUUUUAAAUACUUAGGAAUGAAGUUGGCAGUGGCAUGUCUUUAGUAAAGGUACACAAAUGUGGAUGCCAUAAGCAACUCUAGAAAUGCUUAAAUAUCUACUGCAGCCACCCUCUCCCCUACUACUCACUUUAAAUAAGCUUACCAUGAAUUGAGUCAGUAACAUGUAUACUGGCACAUAAUUUUGUGGAAAAACCGAGUUCUGUGUAUGGGGACUUCAUAUUACUGUAUAUUUUAUAGAAGUGGUCAUCGAGGAGAGGGAGGAAUAGAGUAAGGAAUACUUCAAAAGCACAAUAGGUCUUUUAGUGAUACUUCAUUUCUGUAGUGAAUAAUCAUACAACCAGAACCAUUUUUGCUAGAAAAGCAUCAUUCAAUUAUAAAGCUCCCCUAACACUAUAUGCCUAUUUCACUAGCUUGUCUUAAUUUUUGUUGGGUUUUAAGAUGAUUUUUUAAAAAUUAAACCAGUCAGGUUACUUAAUAUUGAGGUAAAUAAAAAUUUAAGAAUGUUUCUGUCAUGUAGCAUUUUAGAAACAAAAAGGUCUUUUGCUAUUACCUCAAUUCUUAUUAUAGUGGCACAAAUUGUGCUUCUAUAUUUAAGGGUCUGGGUUUUCCCCCCUAUUUUCAGGGGUUUUCAUGAUUUGGCUGUUUACUCCAAGCUAAAGCUUGGAGUGAUGCUUGUAUGAGUGAUUGUGUUUUUGUUUUAGCAUUAGGGGUGGGAUGGAAAUCUACUUAAGGAUCUCCCAAGUUGAGUGCAAAAAAAAAAAAAAAAUCAAUGAUUUCAGACACUUUAAAUUACUCAGCAAAGUUUUGUUUUAAGUUACUAUUUUGCAGUAUAUUAGUUUUGCUGGGGGCAGGGAAGAGGAAUGCAGGAAAGAUUCCUAAAAAAGAAUGAUAGUACUUAAUAUAGAAAUUUGGUUUUACUAAUUGCAAGGAGUCUUAAUUUUUUAAAAUUAUAGAUUGAUUGCAUUGGCAUAUCAGCAAAACAUUGUGGAACUGGUUCUAGUCAUGCAAUCUGAUGUCCAAAGCCAGCUUUUUAUAAAACCUAAUAAUAGUAAUAAUCUGUGUGCCCACGGGCUGUAAUCUGUUCAAGCUGUUCAGUUCUAUCCUAAUGAAUGAUAGUCGUUAUUUAAAUUCCCCCAAAGAUAAUUUACAGGAUAGACUUAACACUUGUUUUGGUCUGUAAAGAGUCAUUUGUUGUAUUUGCAACAUAGGAAUGACUAGUGUAAAUUGUUUUUCUCAUGCUUCAAUAUGAAGUUUUUAAAUUAACCAAAAAAAAUUUUUUUGGUGGAGUGGGGGAGAGAUAGUUAGAGGAAGCAUUACAGACACACACACACACUCUAAGAAUUUAAUCAUGCAAAAGGCAAUUUUACCCAAAAUUCAUUGUCAGUUCUUGAAUUUAACUUACUUCUGUGAUAAAACACUGACCUAUCCAAAGUCUUCAUUCAGAGAGUGACAUUUCAGGUGGUACCACCUACGUGCCACUUCCAUUCAGAACAAUGUCAGUAUUUUGCCCAGGGGCGGGGGGGGGGUUGCCUUUGUCCUCAAGGGAUAUAAAACUGAGCCCUUAACAUCACUUUAAUGUAGAUUUACAUGAACUCAUUUAUCUUCAUGAUUUAAUGCAAACUUUACCAUUUUCAGAGGAAGAGAAAAAGUGAAAAGAAAGAAAGACUUGUCAGUUUAUUUUAGUAAUUUCUGGUGUUCAUGAGGAACAAUUCCCUGGUAAGUGUAAGGUUUCUCCUUCAAUAGAGGAGCAUUGUUAUGAUUGAAAGAGAUGAAUGUAACCAUAAUUUAAAGAGUGAAAGCCUCAAUGAAAUGAAUAAAACUGUCUGUUAUUCUUACUCAGUGCUUGGAAAACAUUUCACUUUUGUGAAUUCUCUAUUGGUAUGUUGUGUUCAAAAGCUUUAGGGUUUGGAGGAAGUUCCUGUUCAUGAGUGAGUGGACCUGGUUCUUACCUUUCCCUAAUUUUACUCCUCCUUCCCAAUCAUCCACCUAAGGUUUAGCGCUGCUAAAGUUGAGUGUGUUGAUGAGCACUCAUUUAACACUAGCCCACCCCAUACAGCCCUGCAUUAAGAUUAGGGGUUCACAUAUGUUUUCUCAGACUGUAGGCUUUUACGGUUCCCCCAAGCUGGCUCUGCUUAGAGCAUUUUUACCACCUAUUACCAACAAAUCUCUGCCGCUGCUUUGUAGAAGGACACUCACUACUGUUUAUUAUCUAGAUACCUGUUUAAACUUAUUGCACACAAGGUGGGUUUUUAUUUGUGGGGGGGGGGAAUUUACAAAGUUUGUGUUGGGCCUAACUUGCUAGGAAAGGUGGGUCAUUGCUUACGAUGUCCUAAAAACGAUUCCCCCAAAUGCUGAAUUGUGCUGCUUCUAUAGUACCAGACAAUGCAUAUUCUACUUCCUGUUAUUCCAUGUGCUGGCAAAGUAUUGGGCAGAAAAAACAGGCCUAAGACAUGAUCCAAGCUGCUGGCACAAACUUGAUUUGAAAAGGAUUCAGUGAGUAGCAAAAUAUAUGAGCUGCUCCUUGGUUAUAAAUUCCUAUAUUUUGUUGCCUGUGCUGCCUAUGAACUACUUAUUCAUGGCAAAACUUUUUACCAGAAAAAUGUUUAAUUGUAAAUCUUUGGGGGUUUUAUUUUCUUGUCACAGAAAUGAACACACAUUUAAACUUUUUUGGCUUUGGAGAAUCUCAGUUCUUGCCAAGAAAAAAAAGUUUGGAAAAACCCUGAAAUCUAAAUUAAUCACCACAUUGAAGAGGAGCACUAGCUCUGCUUUUAUCCCCAAAUCUCAGGAAAGUUUUAGGCAGUGAAAACAGUUUUUCCCUGUUGGUGAUUUUGAAGGAGUGUGCUUUAGGAUUUUGUUCUUAACAAAACUGUACUUUAAUUGCAAUCUUAGGUAUCUCUAGCAUGAGUGGCCUUAGUGAGUUUGUUGAAGUGCACAUUUUUUUCAAAGGUAAAUUUUAAGAUGAAAAAAAAAAUAUAUAUAUAUAUAUAUAUAUACUAUAUAUAUAGAUAUCUAGAAAACUUGGUUUGUGGUGCACAAGUUAAGUGUUGGAUCACUAAAUAACUGUUGCAGGUACCAUUUGUGUAACAUUUUUCAUUUAUGUACAUUCCUCUUAUGGGAAGCUAUGUUGCCAUGGUAACUAAAACUUUACAGUUUAGUUCUACUCUUAUGGUGUGGAUGAAUGCUACAUUUAUUAAAUAUUACCAGGUUCAGUACUAUUUUUAUACUUUAUUGCUACAGGGGAUUUUAAUUUAAUGGGAUUCUUUUAAAAAAAAAAUAAAAGUUGUUGCUUGACUAUUAAAAGCAACUUACUAAAAAUACCUUCUAUGAGAAUCCCCACUAAUAGUGCCACAGUAAUUUAUAUAGACAUACCUAGGUCAUUACUAGAUUUUUGAAGACAAUUCUUUGUUGUGUCAAGAAUAACCUUUCGUAUCAUACUUCGCACAGACUUGUAGUGCCCAACAUUAUUUGUAACCAUCAAACCAUAUUGAGUAUGUUUGUAACCAGCAUUGUGAUACUCUGUAAUUGUAUUGCUAAAAAUGAAUUAUUGACCUAAUAAAUAGAGUGUUCCUGCA